AGAUAGAUAUUGCCCUGCAAGCAUAUAUUCCUCUAUCCACUACAUUGAAAUUCACAACAUUAGAUAUAAUUUGAACUUUGAAAUUUUUUAAUAGGUAGAUCAAGAUGGAAAUCGAACUUCGCAUUGUGUGCUGCUCGGUAUGCCUAACUUGGGUGUGAAAGACUAACGCCAAGGGUUUGACGUCAGGCAUGUAGAUGAUGUAGAAAUGCAGUUGGUCAUGCCUUAUCUGUUGGUCAAUCUGUUGGUCAGUCUCCAGUCAAGCCUCGACUUGGUGACCAUUGGUCAAGCCAUGCAAUGGUUCAACCUCCACAAAGUGCGGCAAAUUCUCAAAAAACCCAACAGGGUAAUCGCUGCACAUGGUGCUAUACACCACACCCCGCAAGUUAAUAAAGCCCUAGACAGCAUUAUGGAGCGGGUUUAUGGAAACCCUUACUGGGAUUCAGAGCUCAAGAUGGAGGAUGAUGUGUACAAGCAUAUCGAUCUUCUUUUCAAGCCAGUGGAGGGAGAAGAGCAUACUGAACCAUUUGUUUGUGCCGCAUAUAUAAGUGGAUAGGAUUGGAAGAGUAUUUUGCCUACUUGAGAUCGAAGGAGAAGCGAAUGGAGCCUCGAAUGGAUGAUGUGAUUGAGGAGUUCAAGCUUUCCUGG